UGUAGUGUAAAACAUGUGGACGCAUGGUUUCCACUUUUUCAAUUUUCACUCGUUUUCUUUAAAUUGUUUCGCUUUUUUUAAUAUCGUUUUAUUUUGUUUUUUUAUUGAACAGUAUCCAUCAACAGUAGAACAAAUUAUUUUCAUUUUUGAUCCUGUUAUCAUCCUUCAAACUAAAAGCAAGUUAUUUGCCUUAUCCAAACUCCUCUUUAUUUUUUCUCUUCACUCUUCAUUAUUUUUUGCAUCACUCUCUCAAAAUCAUCAUCAUCAUGUCUGUUGAGUGUUCUUUGACGUAAUUUUGAUGUCAGUCCUAACCCGAGAUUGGGUUUACUCUCACUUCUUUGUCUUCUUUAUUUGCAUCCUGUACCUAUUGUUAAUGACGUCCAAUUAUUCUCAUAUCAGUCUCUAUGAAACACUGAUAUAAUUAACAACAAUGAACAACUUCUUGUUCUUUACCCAUUUUACCUUUUAAUAUUCUCUAAAUCUAAAAUAAUUAAUCAACUGUUCCACCAGAGUCAACUUGUUGGAUAACCAAACAUUGAAGCUAAGUCUGACUAUGCAUGAUCACUUAACAACUUCAAGUUUUCUCAUCAAUUGAACAAGCAAUAUUUUGGCAACAAUCGCUCAACGAUGAGUGGAGAUCACAUCUUGAUACUAUCUAGCUGAAAAUUUACACAAUGUUCAUCAUCCAUUUAUUGUGAAUCUUUCAUGUUUCAUCCUACAAAUCUGCCAUACAACGUAUUACAAGCCUUCGUGACAACAUGCCGUUUUUAUUUAUGAUACGUGAUACUCCGAUGGACUCCUUUGAUCCAAAUGUAUUUGCGGCUUAUAAAUCUAUCUACUCAAAAUCGAGUCCUGUUAGAUGGAUUCGUCGGUUGACGAAGAAGAAGUAAUCACAUCAACUGCGGAUAGCCGUCGAGAGAGGGAUGGUUCAAACGAAAGUAUAAUCACGUCCCUUAAAAGCCUUGAUCGAGUAUCGACUACAUCAACAGGAUCAGUUGUUACUGUAUCACCAUCAACUGGAGGUGCAUCAUCUACCUUAGCAUCAGCUACCGGAUCUGGAUCUACAGUAAAUUCUAGUUUAUCUUUACCAGUGCGAACUGCUAAUGGCACCGUUGUUUUCACUUCAGUUCCAUCUCCUUCUGGUGUUAAACACAAUCCUGUGUCACAAACUAUAGCAGUACCCCAACCUGGUGGUUCUGUUUCAAUUGUUCAAUUACUUCCUAAUCAAUCUAAUGUAGUACAAUCUGUCAUCCAACCUGUCAAUCAACAAUCUGUCAUUCAAGCAACCGGUGGGGCUGCCUCAGCAUCAGCCGCUGCUGUAGCAUCAGUUCAAGCAGUUUCUAUUCCUAAGAACAUUAUAUUUUUUAAUAAAGGGGGCCAAGGGUCCGUGAUACAAAGUACAGAAACUAAUGAAAUGAAUUCAAUGCAACCAGUUCAUCUAAUCUCCAGUUCACGUAGUGACCAUGGGGAAACACUUAUUCCAUCUCAACAUACAACACAAACUCCUUCACCUUUAUUAGACGAAGAAUCCAAAAAAAGACGUGAAGUGCUCGAAAGAAGGCCAUCUUAUCGUAAAAUUUUGAAUGAUCUUUCAUCGGCCGAUGUUGGCUCGUCUACGUCCAUAGCUGAUAUAAAAUCGGAAGACGAUGGUGAGUCUAGUGAAUCAAGUAAUGCUGCAACAAUUGCUGUUUCAAGUCCAUAUGUCAAAGUUGUACCAGCAUCAGCCAUUCAACUAGCCUCUGCUUCUCAAGACGGUACCAUUCAGGGUCUACAAACAUUAACGAUGACAAAUGCAGCUAGUGGAGGUAACACUAUUGUGCAGUACACUACCCAAGGACAGGAUGGACAGUUUUUUGUUCCCGUGACUGUAUCAGCAGCUGACUUGCAAGCAUAUCAAUUACGGGCAUCAGCGACUGGAGUCCCUACUGGGCUUCCCCAAGGUGUCGUUAUGACAUCUCCGACCACACUUACAUCGCCUCAUGGUCAAAAUGCUGAAGAGGCUGCAAAAAAACGCGAACUUCGACUGGCAAAAAAUAGGGAAGCUGCAAAAGAAUGUCGUAGAAAAAAGAAAGAAUAUAUUAAGUGCCUUGAGCAGCAUGUCAAUGUUUUGGAACAACAAAAUAAAGCGUUAAUAGAAGAGUUAAAGUCUUUAAAAGAGCUCUACUGUCAAAAAGAGUGAACCAUCACAACUUCUGUUUAUUUAAGGUGAUUAUUUAAAUUUGGCCAAAUAUUAUCUACAUGUUAUACACAUGGACAUUUUCAAGUAUAGUACCAAUGUUUUAUAAACUUCGUCAAAAUGGAAUCGGAAAACAAAUCCAUAUCUUCUAUUGUAUUCAAUUGAAUAUUCUGGUCUUGUGACUCUUGAGGAUGUGGACAAGGACAUCUGGGAAAAUUCAUGAUAUAAAAUUGAUGAACUUAUUCAAUGACUUUGAAACCAUUCACUCAAGAUUUUGCAAGAUAUUGUGUUGUGCCACAGAUAAACAUGAACCGUCAUCAAAAAAAUCAUGUUAAACAAUGAGUUAAAGAAGCAAUCCGAAGCUUGCCAACAAAAAAAGGAGCUCAAAAUCAAGUGUCCAAUAUUGCUUUGUUAUAAAAACAGUAUAUUGACAUGGGAACAUCAUCAAAUCAUCUCGGAAAAAAAGAAACAAAUCAGCAAGACUAGAGUUAAACAACUAGUCUUAGUUAACGCCUUUACUUUUAAUUGAGAUAAACAUUAAUCCCUGAGUUAAUCAUUGUUUUCUUUUUAAUUUAUUCAAAAAAACAAACAAUUUGAUCUGUGUUCGAGAGAAAAGUUAUAUUUUCUCUUAAUCUUUGUCCAGCUUUGGCCUACAAAUUAGAUCAUGUCGACAAUUUUGCUAUUGUAAAAAAAAUGAUCUUAAAAAGUGACUGACACUAUGUAGUCAAAUCAACAUGUAUUAUAAGUAAAUAAUUUUUCGAUUGCUUUCUUUUGCAAUGUUCGAUAGAAAAAAUAUAUAUAUAUAUCAGCUUAUAUCCAAGAAUAUUUGAAGUGCAAACAAUUAAUAAUAUUAUUACAACUGCAUUACAUAUUAUUUGCUGUGUAACCUACUUCCAAAACCAAAUCCUUUACGCCUUGUCCAUAUUUAAAUUACAUACCUAAUAACAAUAUUAUUUGAUUACCUAAUGAAGAGAUGAAGAUAUCUAUCAGGUAUCUCCAGACAUAAUUAAAGCAUUACGUUGAAAAGCACAAAGGAGACGAAUGUUGUGGAAUAGUUUCACCUGUCUGGAAAUUUGAAACCGCCAUUGCACCAGCCUUUGAUUGUCCCUCAACUAGUCCAGGCUAAAGUUCACUAAAUGAUCCAAUUUGGAUUCCAACAAAAGGAUUAAAGACAAUAUUGAGACUAAAAGAAUCAAUUGGACCAUCGGAAUAGUUUCAAGACAGUGUCUUUCAUCAUAACUACUCAGUCCAACUUCAAUGGUUUUCGAGGAAAACCUGAACUAAUCAAAAACAAGAUGGAAGUGACAUUCAAAAGAAAGAAGAGAUUGACCGGAUACAAAUUUAAAUAAGCGUAAAGACAAGGAAGAAGACAUUCAUUACGAAGAAGGAAGUGUCACUGGAAGUGGUAUCCAAGCGAUUAAAUCAGUUUCCAGAUAAUCAUAAUUAUUUGAUUCUGGUAUAUCAACUGUACCAGUAUCAUCACUGUUAACUAAUUCACCACGAUUAACUGUUACAGAGAACUGUGCUGUUCUACUUCUCAUUAAUGAAGUGCUAUAUCCACGUUGAUUGAAAUUUUUACACUCAAUGUACUAUAACCAAUCCUGCCAGGAAUGAUUUACUGCAAGAUUAUUGUUUAUUGGAAUGAUAAUUGAUCGUAUCAAUCUCCUAUCAUCCUGUACAAAAGCUGUUUAAGUUUCAAUUUUCUUUUCGUUUUCUCCUUUAUUCAGACCUUAUCCCUGUGAAAACGAUGUUCAACUUGUUUUAUUUCUUUCAAGACUAUUUAGUCAACUUAAACGAUAGUCUAAUUUUUAAGGUUUAUACUUGAACAAGUUAAAAAUUAACAAGAUUCCUAAUUUCUUAUUUUUUAUUAACUUUUUCUGUGUCCAUCAUCUAUUGCAAUCAUUGUAAAUUAAUUUCAACUUUAUCAUCUCAUCUUGAACAAAUGAAAUAAGCAAAUUGAUCAACGCCAAAUGCCUAAAUUGUUUCGACUAUAUACCUCAUUAUAAGAGCUCCUUACAGUGCAUAUAUCAUUAUAAAUAUUGCCAUUAAAAAAGCAUUAUCUGUAAA